AGCCUCUCCACUGUCUAAACUCCUGCGUCUAGUACUGCUGGUCCUGACUGCUACCACUCCAGCGAGUCCCACUCGACAGGCAUUCACCGCCAUCAACAUAUUUCAGCUUCAACGUCAAGUUAUAUACUUCAGGAUGAAUGGCUUGCUGUCCAUGUCAGUGUUGCUGAUGGUCGUGUCGGGAGCGUUGUCUCAGGAGAACAGCACCGACCCUCUGGACUGCUCUGAAGACGAGUAUAACCAAGCCCUGAACGCCAUCAAUCCGGCCCUGCGGGAGCUCUACUUCCCUCUCCUAGAUGAGACCUCUGGCGGCAUCCGCGUCCUCGUGGCUAACGAGAAUAACGUUAAGCUGUAUAUUGAUUGUAUCAUCGAGAACAAGGCUUGCACCAAGCUGGGCAAGUCUCUCCAGCACUUUGUGACAGACGAGUCUGGGAAUGACCUAUGUUCUGGGUGUCAGCAGUGCCAGAUCCAGCGCUUCAAGUACAUCUUGAGGGAACUCCGCUGUAACUUCAACGACCAGGCCGACAGGAUCCAGACGUACGUUAUUGGCAAAAGGAACAUCGAUAUCUAUCAAUAUUUUAACCUACAGAAUAUUGUAUGUUAACUGGUUGAUGCCAUGUCUGAGUCGUACCUGGACCUGGUUACCAUCUAUCAUGCUACAAAUUUCAAGAACUUAGCAGAACUACUUCGCCCGCCAUCUGCCAGUGCCGACACUGUUUAUAGGGUACAACCCCAAUACCUUCAAGAUAAACGAGCCGGUAAAAGCAUUUUGAUCUAAGUUCCUAUUAGGUUAAGAACCAGUGGAACAUCUUAGGGCAGGAACCAGUGGAACAUCUUAGGCCAAAGAACCAAUGGAAUUACUGUUUCUUGUGUUUAUUUGAAUUAUAAAGUUAACGUAAAUCUCAAAGAUUAUAUAAACACUAGUAUAUUCUUCAGAGUAGCAGUUCAACUUGAGACAAACGUCGUCAGGUUAUACUGUAGAGAAAUAAAGCUUAAAAAAUACA